CUUAAAGAUAUCAUCAAACAUUGAUGCAGGAUCACAAACACACACGUCUCUCAUCAAGAAUGGGCACAAAGAUAAUUGUCCUAAUAUUGCUAGCUUUAACAACGACAGCAGAUGGACGUUCAGGAAGGAAGACUGAGAUUCGCUAUGACCCAACAUGGGAGUCCCUAGAUUCCAGGCCAUUACCAGCAUGGUAUGAUGAAGCCAAAAUUGGAGUCUUUGUGUCAUGGGGAGUCUUUUCAGUUCCAAGUUUUGGAAACGAGUGGUUUUGGCAACGAUGGCAAGGGGACAAAAAUCCAAAGUAUGUGCAGUAUAUGCAGGACAACUAUAAACCUGACUUCACCUAUGCUGACUUCUCAAGUGAUUUCACGGCAGAGUUUUAUGAUGCUGAAGCUUGGGCUGAACUGUUUGCUGCUUCUGGAGCUAAAUACACAGUCUUUAUAACUAAACAUCAUGGAGGGUUUUGCAACUGGCCGACUAACGUCAGUUUUAACUGGAACUCGAUGAUGGUUGGUCCCAAGAGAGAUAUUGUUGGUGAGAUGGCACGAGCACUCAAGUCAAAGACAGAUAUUCACCUUGGCCUGUACCACUCUAUGUAUGAGUGGUUCAACCCUCUUUAUCUACAGGACAAGGCAAACAACUACACCACCACCAAGUUUCCUGAGCAAAAGACUAUUCCUGAGUUAUACGAGCUUGUGAACAGCUAUGAACCGGACCUGUUGUGGUCUGAUGGAGACUGGGAUGCCCCAGACACUUACUGGGGUUCCAAGGAAUUUUUGGCCUGGCUGUACAACGACAGCCCAGUGAAGGAUAAGGCUGUCGUCAAUGACAGAUGGGGAAAGGGGGAUGAAUGUCAUCAUGGGGGAUACUUGACAUGUUCAGACAGGUUCAAUCCAGGAGUACUUCAGCCAAGGAAGUGGGAGGGUGGAUUGACAAUUGACAAGGCAUCAUGGGGAUUCCGUCGAGAGGCUGUCCUGGCAGAUUAUUUGACCAUGGAGGAGAUUAUAACACGGCUUGUUCAAGUUGUCAGCUGUGGAGGGAACCUGGUUAUCAAUGUCAGUCCAACCAAAUAUGGCAUGAUUAGCCCCAUCUAUGAGGAGAGACUGAGACAGAUGGGAGACUGGCUGAAGCUGAAUGGGGAGGCUAUCUACUCCUCCAAACCUUGGGUGGCACAGAAUGACACAGUCACACCAGGAGUUUGGUACACACAGAAAGGGGGGACGGUGUACGCCAUUGUCCUCAACUGGCCACAACCAGGUCAACUCAUCCUUGGAUCAGCUUUGCCAAAAACUGGAAUGAAAGUCAGUCUCCUUGGCUACACUGAAGGCUCCUUCUCCUGGCAGAAUGCUUCACCCAAAGGAAUCAGCAUCACAAUCCCUCCCAUCCCUGUCAACCAGAUGCCAUGUCAGUGGGCAUGGGUCUUCGCAAUGGCAUAAAUGGUUCACAACAGGAUGGGUCUUUAAAGGUUAAUAUAGAAGAAAACAAGAUUAAUAUGGAUAGGAUCCAAGAGACGAUCUCGUAUCAAACUAUGUAAGGAGUGGAACUUUUUCAGAACAAUUUCAAACUGUUAGGAAUAAAUUUCGUUAUUGAUAUAGAUAACAUAAGCCAAUUAUAUUACGAAGAAAGUUCCUACAAAUAAAACACUUAAUGAACAUCUGGUUAGCAAGAAAUCUUACACCUUAUGGAAGAAUCACAGUUUUAAAAUCCUCCCUCCUGCCCAAGUUAAACCACCUGGUUUCUACACUUCCUCGCCCACUUGAAUCUGUUAUAGACAAUUUCCAAAAACGAUGUUUUAGAUUUAUAUCACAAAACAAGCCAGAUAAAGUUAAAAGAGAUACUGUUGUGCUAAAUCUGGAACAUGGGGGGCUUAAAGUUCCAAUGAUUAAAAAUGUUAUAUCUUCACAAAAACUGAAAUGGGUAGAGAGAUUACAAAGCACCUCAUCAAAUUGGAAAUCAUUAUUUAUGCACAGAUUUCACAGUCACAACUUAUUGUGGAUAUCAGAUAAAACAUAUAUCGAAAAUAGAGUGAAGUCUUUAAAGAUUGGUCUAAUAUUGUUAGAAGAUACAAAGGACAUGUAAAAACUGAGUGUGACCUACCGGUACUCUCUCAAAGUAUUUGGAAUAAUGAUAACAUAAAAGUUGGAAAUGAGACUAUUUCUUAUAGAAGUUGGGAAAAACAAGUAUAAUAUUCGUAAACGAUUUAUUGAAUGAAAACGGCAGAUUAUAUUCUAAGGAAGAAUUCUGUGCCUUAUACACCCUAGACACAGACUUUCUUAAAUAUGAGGGUGUUAAACAAGCCGUUUUAUGUUAUGCAAAUUCAAUAGGUAUUACUUUAUCCAGACGUAAAUUAUGUAAUCCAGUGUAUCCGUUUAUAAUGAAAUGUACAAACAAUCACCUGGGACACCAAAGUAUGAUAUGUCAGUUGAUUCACGCUUUGUUAAAUGAUAAGUGGGAACACGUCACUGGUUCGCACUACUCAGACUUUGGCUGGAAACGUUUCAACUCGAACACAAAUAAAUGUACUGCAAGUACCGAAUUAAGAUGGCUGCAGUACAGAACCAUUCACAGAAUAUUGCCAGUCAGACAUUUCCUCUACAAAAUCAACUAUGUGGAUAGCCCUAAAUGUACCUCUUGUAGCGAUCACGACGAAACAAUUCUGGGAGUGUGACAAGGUGGAAAGCAUAUGGCGUGAAAUGAAAAUAUGGCUCAGAACUGUAGAUGUAGAAUUGAGUUUUACAAAUUCCCAGGUAAUGUUUGGGAUUAAAGGAAAGCAUGACAAUGCACUAAAUGCAAAAAUAUUUUAGUCAAGAAUAUCAUAUACAACUGUUUCAUUCCAAAUACUUCAUACAUUAAGAGACAACUCAUACAAUAUUAUAAUACCACAAAAUAUGUACACAUUAACCUUCACCAGGAACCCUAAUUCCUAAAACUAUGGUCCAGUUUACACAAGCUAUUUAGAACCGUUGAGUAGGUAAAUUACUUCGAUGUACAUGUAACAAUGUUAUUGACUCUGUACAAUUAUACUGAAGUUAUAUACAUGUAUAAUGAACAGUAUACUCUUACAUAUGUCAACCUGUAUGUAUACCUGAAAAAAAGCAAAAUCAGAAAAAAAGGAUAGGGUCUUUGCAAGGAAAUAAACAUAUGGUUUAUAAUGGGAUGUGUGUUCAUUAUGACACAAAUCAUGGACAAUUAAAGAGAUGGGCCUUAACAAUGACAUAAAUUGAUGACAAUUAUAAAAGAAGACCUUUUCCAUAACAUAUUUGUCAAAGAGAUGGCCCCAACAAAUGCAUUUGCUACUUAACUUACAUUUUUGUAUUACAAAAGGAACUUGUUUUCAUUAUAAAAAGAAUGCUUCCUUGAAUGCAUAUAUAAAGAUUAUGACCAAAAUUUCUAUCCUUUUUUCUCAACUUCAACACAUAUUAAAUCCUAAGAAACCUGACAUGACAAAAAAUGUAAGAACAAAGGUUAUCUCCCUUGAAUUGACAUUGUCUCCCUUGUCUUCGCCAUGACAUAAAUAGUUAACAUUAACACAGGUUAUAAACAUAUCAUUGAUAAUGGGAUGGACCUACACAAUGACACAAAUGGUUGACAAAUAUACAAGAUGGGCCUUCACAAUGAUAUACAUGGUUGACAACUGAAUAGUGGACAUUUUCAAUAACAUAAUUUAUUUACAAUGAAAUGUCUGACAAUGGGAUGGUCCAAAUAGACAUGUUUGCUAUUUUACUUUAAUUCUUGUGCUACAAAUGAAAGUGGUUCUCAUAAUAAAAUGAAUGCUGCUUUGACUGCAUAUAUGAACAUUA